AAGCCGGGAAGAAGAUGACGCGUCCUCUCCGCAGUUGCCUGCUAGCAGGGCUCGCCGCAGAGCCCUAGGAGAGAAAGGGCUCGGGAGCGGAGACAGCCGCUCCGGGAGCUGCCCUCCCUGCCCGCGGAGGACUCGCCCAGGCGCUCUCCGAGUGGAGGUUGGGAGCAUUUGCAGCAGAAAUUUGGGCUUUCCCUCCCCCCCCUCCAUACAUUCUCUCCCUCCUCCUCCCCCUUUUCCAAUUUUUCUUCUUCCCGGGAAGUGGAUUGCCGAUGCCGAGAGGACUUUAUUCAUUAAUGAUGCAACCGGAUUCGUUUCAGGAUUAUGUUGCACGAAUUGAAUUUUGAAUGAAGGAGUUUUUUUUUUUUUUUGAAAGAAGUGUUGACUCUUUAGUUCGUUGUACUUUUAAUUAUUAUUUUAUUUAAGCAUACAAUUUAAUUGUAUUAUUCUCUUACAAAUAUUAAAUCUAUAUUUUAUGGAAACACCCUCAAGAUAUAUAUGUUUAUGGGUGAAAUCGAAGACGCUUCCGUUAAGUGAGGUGACUGGCGUGUUGGAUGUUUAAUUCAGCACCGGCAUUGCAUGACAAUUGUUGAAAUAACAAGUGGUUUAUUUUUUAAAACCACACCUUUAAAAUUUUAGGCUCAGAUAGUGACAGUAGACAUCGUAAGGGCAAUUAAGAGAAAGCCUGCAGCAGCAAUCGAAGCAACCAUGUCCGGAGAAGUGCGUUUGAGGCAGUUGGAACAGUUUAUUUUGGAUGGGCCAGCGCAGACCAAUGGGCAGUGCUUCAGUGUGGAGACUCUACUGGACAUACUCAUCUGUCUCUAUGAUGAAUGCAAUAAUUCUCCGUUGAGAAGAGAGAAGAACAUUCUUGAAUAUCUAGAAUGGGCUAAACCAUUUACUUCUAAAGUGAAACAAAUGCGAUUACACAGAGAGGACUUUGAAAUAUUAAAGGUGAUUGGUCGAGGAGCCUUUGGGGAGGUUGCUGUAGUUAAACUGAAAAAUGCAGAUAAAGUAUUUGCCAUGAAAAUUCUGAACAAGUGGGAAAUGCUGAAAAGAGCUGAGACAGCAUGCUUUCGUGAAGAGAGGGACGUGCUGGUGAACGGGGACAACAAGUGGAUAACAACUCUGCACUAUGCUUUCCAGGACGACAACAACUUAUAUCUGGUUAUGGAUUAUUAUGUUGGUGGGGAUUUACUUACUCUGCUCAGCAAAUUUGAAGAUAGAUUACCUGAAGACAUGGCUCGGUUUUACUUGGCUGAGAUGGUGAUAGCCAUUGACUCAGUUCAUCAGCUCCACUAUGUACACAGAGACAUUAAACCUGACAAUAUAUUGAUGGAUAUGAAUGGACAUAUUCGUUUAGCAGAUUUUGGUUCUUGUCUGAAGCUGAUGGAAGAUGGAACGGUCCAGUCUUCAGUGGCAGUUGGAACUCCAGAUUACAUUUCUCCUGAAAUCCUUCAAGCUAUGGAGGAUGGAAAAGGCAGAUACGGACCUGAGUGUGACUGGUGGUCUCUGGGGGUCUGUAUGUAUGAGAUGCUUUACGGAGAAACACCUUUCUACGCUGAGUCUCUGGUGGAGACAUAUGGAAAAAUCAUGAAUCACAAAGAGAGGUUUCAGUUUCCACCCCAAGUGACUGAUGUGUCUGAAAAUGCAAAGGAUCUUAUUCGAAGACUCAUUUGUAGCAGAGAACAUCGACUUGGCCAAAAUGGAAUAGAAGACUUUAAGAAACAUCCAUUUUUCAGUGGAAUUGAUUGGGAUAAUAUUCGAAAUUGUGAAGCACCUUAUAUUCCAGAAGUCAGUAGCCCAACAGAUACAUCGAAUUUUGAUGUGGAUGAUGACUGUUUAAAAAAUUCUGAAACAAUGCCUCCACCAACACAUACUGCAUUUUCUGGCCAUCAUCUCCCAUUUGUUGGUUUUACAUAUACUAGUAGCUGUGUUCUUUCUGACCGGAGCUGCUUAAGAGUCACAGCAGGUCCCACCUCACUGGAUCUUGAUGUUAAUGUCCAAAGGACUCUAGAUAAUAACCUAGCAACUGAAGCUUAUGAAAGAAGAAUUAAGCGACUGGAACAGGAAAAACUUGAACUUACUAGAAAACUUCAAGAGUCAACACAGACUGUUCAGGCUUUGCAGUAUUCAACUGUUGAUGGUCCACUAACAGCAAGCAAAGACUUAGAAAUUAAAAGCCUGAAAGAAGAGAUUGAAAAACUAAGGAAACAAGUAGCAGAAGUUAAUCGUUUGGAACAACAACUUGAAGAAGCUAAUUCUGUGAGACGAGAGCUAGAUGAUGCUUUUAGGCAAAUCAAGGCUUUUGAAAAACAAAUCAAAACUUUGCAGCAGGAAAGAGACGAGCUAAAUAAGGAACUAGUCCAGGCUAGUGAGCGAUUAAAAAACCAAUCCAAAGAGCUGAAAGACGCACACUGUCAGAGGAAACUGGCCAUGCAGGAAUUCAUGGAGAUCAAUGAACGACUAACAGAAUUGCACACUCAAAAACAGAAACUUGCUCGCCAUGUCCGAGAUAAGGAAGAAGAGGUGGACCUGGUGAUGCAAAAAGCUGAGAGCUUAAGGCAGGAGCUGCGCAGAGCAGAAAGAGCCAAGAAAGAGCUGGAAGUUCACACUGAAGCUCUAAUUGCUGAAGCAUCAAAGGACAGGAAGCUGCGUGAGCAGAGCGAGCAUUAUUCUAAACAACUGGAAAAUGAAUUGGAGGGACUGAAGCAAAAACAAAUUAGUUACUCACCAGGAAUAUGCAGCAUAGAACAUCAGCAAGAGAUAACUAAACUGAAAACUGACUUGGAAAAGAAAAGUAUCUUUUAUGAAGAAGAAAUAUCUAAAAGAGAAGGAAUACAUGCAAGUGAGAUUAAAAAUCUGAAGAAGGAACUGCAUGACUCCGAAGGCCAGCAGCUUGCUCUCAACAAAGAAAUUAUGGUUUUAAAAGACAAAUUGGAAAAAAACAGGAGAGAAAGUCAAAGUGAAAGGGAAGAAUUUGAAAAUGAGUUCAAACAACAGUAUGAACGGGAAAAAGUAUUAUUAACGGAAGAAAAUAAAAAGUUAACAAGUGAACUUGAUAAGCUGACCACGUUGUAUGAGAGCUUAAGUUUGCGCAACCAGCACUUAGAAGAAGAGGUCAAAGAUCUGGCAGACAAGAAAGAAUCCGUUGCCCACUGGGAAGCCCAAAUAACAGAAAUAAUCCAGUGGGUGAGUGAUGAGAAGGAUGCCCGAGGUUAUCUUCAGGCCUUGGCUUCUAAAAUGACUGAAGAAUUGGAAGCGUUAAGAAAUUCCAGCUUGGGGACACGAGCAACAGAUAUGCCCUGGAAAAUGCGUCGUUUUGCAAAACUGGACAUGUCAGCUAGACUAGAGUUACAAUCAGCUCUGGAUGCAGAAAUUAGAGCUAAGCAGGCCAUCCAGGAAGAACUGAAUAAGGUUAAAGCAUCAAACAUUAUAACAGAAUGUAAACUGAAGGAUUCAGAGAAGAAGAACUUGGAACUACUAUCUGAAAUCGAGCAGCUGAUAAAGGACACCGAAGAGCUUAGAUCUGAAAAGGGUAUAGAGCACCAAGACUCACAGCAUUCUUUCUUGGCAUUUUUGAAUACGCCUACCGAUGCUCUGGAUCAAUUUGAAGAUUCCUUUUCUUCUUCCUCAUCCUCACUGAUUGAUUUUUUGGAUGACAUUGCAGACUGUGCUCCACUUCCAGUUCACACGCCGACCUUACGGAAGAAGGGAUGCCCUGCUUCAGCUGGCUUUCCGCCUAAGCGCAAGACUCAUCAAUUUUUCGUGAAGUCUUUCACUGCCCCUACAAAGUGUCAUCAGUGCACCUCCUUGAUGGUUGGUUUGAUAAGACAGGGCUGUUCCUGUGAAGUGUGUGGGUUCUCGUGUCAUAUAACGUGUGUGAACAAAGCUCCAACUGCUUGUCCGGUUCCUCCUGAGCAGACUAAAGGUCCACUUGGUAUAGACCCACAGAAGGGAGUAGGAACAGCAUAUGAGGGCCAUGUCAGGAUCCCUAAGCCAGCUGGAGUGAAGAAAGGAUGGCAGAGAGCACUGGCUGUAGUCUGUGACUUCAAACUAUUUCUCUACGAUAUUGCGGAAGGAAAAGCAUCUCAGCCCAGCUCUGUCAUUAGUCAAGUGAUUGACAUGAGAGAUGAAGAAUUUUCUGUGAGUUCAGUCUUGGCAUCUGAUGUUAUUCAUGCAAGUCGAAAAGAUAUUCCCUGUAUAUUUAGAGUCACAGCUUCCCAGCUCUCAGCACCUAGUAACAAAUGUUCCAUCCUGAUGCUUGCCGACUGUGAGAAUGAGAAGAGUAAGUGGGUGGGAGUCCUGAGUGAACUACACAAGAUUUUGAAGAAAAACAAAUUCAGAGACCGCUCUGUGUAUGUUCCCAAAGAGGCCUAUGACAGCACCCUACCCCUCAUUAAAACAACGCAGGCAGCUGCAAUCAUAGAUCAUGAAAGGAUAGCUUUGGGAAAUGAAGAAGGAUUAUUUGUUGUGCAUGUCACCAAAGACGAGAUUAUUAGAGUUGGUGACAAUAAGAAAAUUCAUCAGAUUGAACUCAUUCCAAGUGAUCAGCUUGUUGCAGUGAUUUCAGGCCGAAAUCGCCAUGUCCGACUUUUUCCUAUGUCAGCUUUGGAUGGGCGAGAGACAGAUUUUUAUAAGCUGGCAGAAACUAAAGGGUGUCAAACCAUAACUGCUGGGAGAGUGCGCCAUGGAGCCCUCUCCUGCCUGUGUGUGGCAAUGAAAAGACAGGUCCUCUGCUAUGAGCUUUUCCAGAGCAAGACCCGGCACAGGAAAUUUAAGGAAAUUCAAGUCCCAAGUAAUGUCCAGUGGAUGGCCAUCUUCAAUGAGCAACUCUGUGUAGGAUUCCAGUCAGGAUUUCUCAGAUACCCCUUGAAUGGAGAAGGAAGUCCAUGCAAUAUGCUCCAUUCAAAUGACCACACACUAUCAUUCAUUGCACAUCAACCAAUGGAUGCUAUCUGUGCAGUUGAAAUAUCCAACAAAGAGUACUUGCUGUGUUUUAACAGCAUUGGGAUAUACACGGACUGCCAGGGCCGAAGAUCUAGACAACAAGAAUUGAUGUGGCCAGCAAAUCCUUCCUCUUGUUGUUACAAUGCACCUUAUCUCUCCGUUUAUAGUGAAAAUGCAGUUGAUGUCUUCGAUGUAAACUCCAUGGAAUGGAUACAGACUCUUCCUCUCAAAAAGGUUCGACCUUUAAACACUGAAGGAUCAUUAAAUCUUUUAGGGUUGGAGACUAUUAGAUUAAUAUAUUUCAAAAAUAAGAUGGCAGAAGGGGAUGAACUUGUAGUUCCUGAAACAUCAGAUAAUAGUCGAAAACAAAUGGUUAGAAAUAUCAACAACAAGCGGCGUUACUCCUUCAGAGUCCCAGAGGAGGAAAGGAUGCAACAGAGGAGGGAGAUGCUACGAGAUCCAGAAAUGAGAAAUAAAUUAAUUUCUAACCCAACUAAUUUUAACCACAUAGCACACAUGGGUCCUGGAGAUGGAAUACAGAUCCUAAAAGACCUGCCCAUGAACCCACGUCCUCAGGAAAGCCGGACAGUAUUCAGUGGCUCCGUCAGUAUUCCCUCCAUCACCAAGUCCCGCCCUGAACCAGGCCGCUCCAUGAGUGCCAGCAGUGGCCUGUCCGCACGGUCAUCAGCCCAGAAUGGCAGUGCGCUAAAGAGGGAAUUCUCUGGAGGAAGCUACAACACGAAGCGACAGCCAAUGCCCUCUCCCUCAGAGGGCUCUUUAUCAUCGGGAGGUAUGGACCAAGGAAGUGACGCCCCCGCGAGGGACUAUGAUGGAGAGGACUCUGAUUCGCCAAGGCAUUCCACAGCUUCCAACAGCUCCAACCUGAGCAGUCCCCCAAGCCCUGUUUCACCCCGAAAGACCAAGAGCCUCUCCCUGGAGAGCACAGACCGCGGGAGCUGGGAUCCGUGAGCCCAGGACCGUGGUAGCCACGGGCAAGGGACUCUGCACCCCGACAACGUGCCUGGCAGCAGCGUAGCCUUCCGCACUGCUGCAGUAAGGAUUCCUCCGCAGCCAGGCCCGCUUUACCCUCCCCCUCCAGGUAGCUUUGUAGACAGACUGCGCAGACGCAGCGCUAAGAGUAGACAGGUUGUGUUCUCACUGUAGUCCUCAAGUAGCGCCCAGCAGCCUCCAUGAGCGUCAGCCCGACUGUUGCCAGGAAAUAAAUCCUUACGACUUAAAACAAUGCAUAUUUUACUACAAUACAGAGUUUAAAUAAAUACAUAAAUGUAGAAGUUAAAUACUGAAUGUAUAUAGUCAAAGAAGCAUCUUGUGUUUGAUGAAAGAUGGAUGCAUAUAUAAGAAAGAUCAUUUAAUUUAAAAAAAAAUGUGUUGUUUCUUGUCUGUUUCCCAGCUAAGUCAUAUACAGGGUAGAAAGGCCUCAAGUGACAUUUGUAAAGAGGGCAGAAGUCAGGUCCCCUCACCCAGCCCCCGUGGUGUCUGUCCUCCAGCUGUGGGGCAGGCUGCUGUCCUGUGGAAAUCUAAGGAAUGUUUAGAGAUUAGUGCCAUGAUAGGGUGUGAUCUGGACACCACGGGUGGCACAGAGACACACUUGCCUGCCUCCCAGGGCAUUUCCUUCUUUAGUGAUGGAUUUGAACAUGUCCCCUUACUAUAUUUUGAUAUAUCGCACAGAUGAAUGUGAAAGACAUUUCUGUCAUCUUUUGACCCUUCCCAUCAUAAAGGGCACAGAUCAUCAAAUGGUUUGUGUAGCCUAUUUUGUCCUGGCUAAAUCCUGUCCCUCCCUAGGUUGCAGUGAGUCUGUCUGGACUGGGCACAGCUUCCCACUGGGGAGCCUGAUUGGUUAAGGGUCGUUGUAAACUUCCUCUAAACACUCCUGGGGAAAGGGCUUCUUUCUCCCUACUAAGUCAUGUGAAACCUCAGAAGCACGGGCUUGACCAGCCUUGACCAAAUAUGCCUUCCCACCAGAGGGGACAGUGGGGUCUGUGCAUGGGUCCAAGGUGUGCUGGCUGCCGUGGAUGUCGGCCAGCUUCCACUCUGGAUGUCUGCUGCUGUACUUGUCUAAGGAGGCAAGAUGGAGACCAGAACUUAUCUCUGCCCACGUGUUUCACCAGCUAAGAACACAAAGAAGAUGGAAACUAUAAUAUCCCAUGCAAAUAUAGAGGCCCUGCCACUCUUUGUUUUCACCUCUUUGGGGUUGAAAAAGCCACUAUUUCUCCCCACUUUAAACACGCCUAAAAUAAUUUCUGAAUUAUUAUUAACCUGCCUGGCAUGCUGACACUUGGCACAGAUUCCUGAGGUGCUGCCUUAUGGAGGAGGUUACAGUUGGGAGGGGGUAAGGGAUGAUGGAAGCACUUCUGAUGGGGUCUGUUUAAAUAACAGCUUUGACGUCCAGAUUCUCCACUGACUCAGACAUGAAUACAUUUUGGUUUUGGAUGGGCCUUGCUUUGUUCUAAUCUGAAUCAUUUUGCUUUUGGAAAAGUAUAUUUGUGUGCAUCCAAAAAUAAGGAUCAGAUCUUGAGUUUGGUCAGAGCCUUAUUGUUUUAUCUGCCUGAACUUGGCAGUCUGCCUUGAUAGAACUGGCUCCCCUCCCCCCUGCCCCCCCUACCCUUUUCUCUCCUUCCCAGGCAGAACACUGACAGGACUCCACCCUGAGCCUUUGGUUUGUAGCUUUGACAACCAGUUGUGGAUUUUUGUUGCCUACAGGUGCUUGUUUGUAAAAGGGCCCUUUUUGAGUCCCACCCAAGCUCUACCCCAUGGUACCCUGUGGACUGGGGAUUUCCCAUUGCAGUCCUGGCCCAAAACGGGGUGGGGUUCUCCUAAUAACCUCUGUCUUACUGGACUUACCCCAGCCUUACGUGAAGAGUGUUCCAUCAGAAGCUGUGGAGGAGGAGGAGGAACGAUGAUGGACAGGUUUCCAGGAGCCAGAAACAAAGAUCCCUCAGAGCAGUGGAUAACAGACCAGAACAAAGGCCUGUGGCCCUGCUUGAGGUCACUCUCCCUACCCCGUGCAAGGUAUUUGAAAGUGUACAGCAGCAGAAAUUGAUCUCUAAGUGGAAAAAAAAUGGCAUCAAAGCCACUUCUGGCAUAGUGUCUAUGGAUUAGUACUUGGUGCUAUGUCCAGCCUGUUUGCUAUUUAUUGGCCCUUGAGUUCUGGCUAAUUUGUUAAAUGUGGGUUUUAGGUGGGUAUACAAAUGUAUUAAUUUUUGUUUUGUUUCGUUGCCAAAAACAAGCCUUCCUGACAAUGAUUGCUAAAGCAGGCUUCACUUAAAAUACAUGUAUUUGUGUGCACACUCCCUGUGCUUAGCCAUGUUUCUUUCCCAGUGAGCACAGUUUUAAGACUGAGGGGGAUAACUAUAAAUGGCCUCUGGCUUUUCAGCGAUUUCCUUUAGCCAAGCUUAAAGGGAGUGUCUGAAAUUCCUAUCAUUCCCAUCAGCCCUUCCUUUAGCCUCUUCUCUUUCUUGUUAAACUCCUGUCAUUUUGUUACCUAUUAAUCACAUCUAUUUCUAAGAAAGCUAGCUGACUUGUGUGGAACCUCAGGUAUCAUUAAAGAAAAGCAAGAGCAAAGGGACAGAUGUCCACUCCCAGAUGCAACAGCCCACAAGCAGCCUUGGCAGUGACCACAAAUUGAAUUCUGCCAGCUCAAUAGACCUAGCUGACACCCGUUCCCCACCUUGCCCCUGCCACCGCCACACACGAGUUCUGCAGGGCUUACUUUGUCCAAACCACCCGCCCUUUCCAGCCCUGCCCCUUUCCAGUCUGUGUCACUUCAUCCUCAGUGGCUCACUUCUUUAGCGUCUCUCCUCUGGAGCCCUGCCGCAGUCAGCCGCAGCACAUCCUCUGUCCUAGGGACAGCUCACACAGGCCCUACUACAGUUUUAGGAGACUGCCACCAGUCAGCCUCCACGCCACUGAAAGCAAGAUGACCUGCCUUUUUAUUUGAUAGUAUAAUAUCAUUUAUUUUAAAAUUUUUAGGAUUAUUUUUCUCACUGUAAUAUUAUUGUACAGUUUUGCAUGGCCUGGGUGUAAUCAUUUUUGUUUAGACUAUGAUGCUGACCAGUGUGUGUGUGGAAGGGAAGGCACUGCUUUGGCCUCUUAUUACUCAUUUGGUUUGGUUUCAUCCUUUGAUGUCUUAGGGAACUUCGUGAGAGAGUGUCUGCUACCGAUUAUGACAUGGAUUCUUUUGCACAGAAUUAUUUAAGGUGGGAUAGUCAAAAAUGUAACAAAGAAUUUCUCACCAAUAUUUUAUGUUGGGGUCACCUAAUUAACCAGACUUUGAUGUACUACAAUAAAAUAAGAAACUGUUA